CGUACAGAUCCUAUCUUUGCCGACUUCCUACACGUACAGACACAGGUACAGGUACUCAUAAUCUGUGUGUGAUGAAUGCGUGACAGGCAGCUUUGCAUUGAGAUUUGGGACCUUUCAUUAACCCACCGAGAAAAGACAUCUCUCACAAAGCCCGUUGUUGGAGGGCCUUCAUCUGAGGGCCUGCGAGAACGUGGUAAUACUCGGGCCAAUACCUCAUCUGAGAUAUAUUGAGCCCUCGAGUGAACUUCUAUUCACAACGGCUCAUUAUUCAACCAUUGUUGCCUUGUGAAUGAACCUUCUGGGCCCAUAAAUUGAGCCAUCUACUUAACCCGCUUUCCUUGAUUUGCCACUUUGACUUAUCUCAUACUUCGAUUCCUUUCCACGUUCUCACUCUUCACGUCCUCACGCAACUCGACUGGCCUUAAACUUUCCUAUCGUGGUGUUGACGCCAGCGCAAAAACUAACCAUCAUGACAAUACGUGUAACGCGAAGCCGAGCGAAGGCUCUAGUUCCAAGCGAACAGAACGAUGUCUCCAAACUAGGGUUCCACAUCACCAAGAACCUCAUAAUUCCCAUUACUCCAGAAUCUCAGGAGGCCAUCAAGGAAGCUGUGCCAAACACCGUCGAUGAACCCGCGGCAUCAAUGCUGAUCACCCCCGUCACCCUUGCGACCGUCACUAGAGAGAAGGGUGAAGUCAUGGAUGAGCUUCCGGAUAAUCUUGGACCCUUGCCUUCACCUUCAACAUCUGCGUCUGUUGAGGCCCAACCGGCCGCCACUGGGCAGAAGCGUAAAGUCCUGGACGAGCUUCCGCAUAAUCUUGGACCCUUGCCUUCGCCUUCAACAUCUGCGUCUCCUACUGUCCAACCGGCCAAGAUACGCGUGAGAAAGGGUAAAAAGACUGCAACGACGGAGCCCAGUGUGAACAGCAACAUAUCAACUGUCAAAGUAGACGUUGUGGCCAAGCCGCUCUCAGAACCGAAGAAACGACCCCGUCGAGACAGGGCUACGGCCACCGAGAAUGCCACGAAGCCGAGCAAGAAUGAUGCUAGCACCUUGAAGGAUGAAGAAAUAGAUGAGGCAUCUAAGAAAAAGUCAGCCCGUAGCAACAACCGCAGAGUUGUCAAAGCUAAUAGUGGGGAUACGAGUGAAGAACAUGCCGAGAAAGCUUCAAUUGAGCCAACGGAGCUGAUCGAGGCUGCGCCAGUAAAGAAGCGGACCCGACGAUCUAAGGCUUCUGAUGCAGAUACCGUCAUAAAUGGGAUCAAGGAUGUGGAAGAUGAUGUGAAGGCCGAGGACGAUUCUGCAGAUGAGUAUGUCGAGGCUCCAAAGAAAAAGAGGGUACGGAAAUCCAAGAAAUCUGCGUCAGCACAAAUCGAAGAUGCUCUUCCAGAGACCACAGCAGAUCUUGCAGCCAAAGUCGAGGCGGAACAGGACGAAGCGUCGAAAGUGAAGAAAGUGAAGAAGGUUAACUACGGUCUUACGCCUGGCGAGACUCCGUUCCCUGAGUGGCCGGCACCUAGCCAUGAGCAAUGCUAUGAAGUGGCGAGGCUACUUUCUGAUGUCCACGGUGAAGUGGUGCCUCCAAAGGUAAUCCCAGCACCUUCGACUACUGUUUCAGGAUGUGGCGAGGUUCCCUCUGUCCUUGAUGCUCUUAUUCGCACGCGAUUGAGCGCCGCAACAACUGGAACAAAUUCUUCUCGUGCAUUCCAAGGGCUUGUUACUACCUUCGGCAUUCUGGACGAAGGCAUCGGCAAAGGAAGUGUGGACUGGGACAAUGUUCGUCGAUCGGACGUGAAGGAGAUUGAACAAGCCAUCAAGAGUGGUGGACUGGCGGAGACGAAGAGCAAGGACAUCAAAGCGAUCCUCGAGAUGGUGUACGAUGAAGGUCAGGCACGCAGGGACGCUCUUGUCGUCGCGCAACAGACCGGAGAUUCGGACCAAGGACCUGCUGGUGCAGAGUACCUGAACAACGGACAGAAACAGAGAGACAUUGACCGUGCCAACUCCAACGUGCUUUCCCUCGACCAUCUUCAUAGCCUCCCUUCGGAAGAAGCGUUCACCGAGAUGGUCAAGUACCCCGGCAUCGGCCCUAAGACCGCGUCUUGCGUUCUCCUAUUUUGCCUCCAGCGACCGUCCUUCGCUGUCGACACGCACGUAUUCCGCCUUUGCAAGUGGCUUGGCUGGGUGCCUCCGGGCAAAGCAAACCGCAACAACACCUUUUCGCAUUGCGAAGUGAAGAUCCCUGAUGAACUCAAGUACCCGCUUCAUCAGUUGUUCAUCAAGCAUGGAAAGACGUGCCCUCGCUGCCGUGCUGCGACAUCUGAGGGUGCGAAAGGCUGGGAGGAAGGCUGUGCGAUUGAUCACCUUCUCACGAGGACCGGGGUGAGGAAGGGCCCGAAGCCCCCAAAGCAGAAGAAGCCGAAGAAAGAAGAGGAUGAUGGGAGCGAAUCGGAGUUGUCGGAUGUGCCUGAAGGGAUGUCGGAUACAGAGGAGCCUGCGGAGGAGCCUGCAGAGUCCGAUGAGUGAUGGACCGAUUGAGAAUGGACGCGGUGCAUUUCCGAUUUCGUAAUAAGUGCCUUAUCAAACAGGCAUCACGAAGGUUCAGUUACGGUUAUUGCAGUAAGGGAUAAAUGAAGGACUAUGCACUCUACGGACGAGGAUAUUUGCAACGUAUGCUUACUAGCAGUUCAGCAUACAGGUACCUCAGUUUCACGAUCUCACCACAUAAGAUAGUGCAAAAAGUGAAUGAUGGUGCUAGUUCGAGGUUUACGAGGUUUAUGGGAAUACGUAUUAGGCAAAAUAGUAAUUCAAGAA